CCCAGAGGGCAGUCAAAGUGGAGACCUCCGUACCGUGAAUGCAUGCAGGAAAAUGCACUGCCCUGUUGCGGGGCUCAGAGGAGCAGGCGGUGGCGUCCUUUGUGCUUGUUACACCUGUCCUUUGGGGAGCAGGGAUAUGGAAGUGGCAGCACUAUAUGUGACUGUACCCUUGCCUCAAGCUCUGGUUUGCCUGCAAGACAACCCCACACUCCACCACAGAGUUAUUACAUAGGUAGAUUACAGCAGGUGCCUUGAGUGGGAGAUCCUUUCUCUGCUCACAGGGAAAUUCUCCAUAGCUUUGGAGCCACAGCUACUUUGAACGGACCCUGAGAUCUUUGCCUUCCUCCACUUUCUUGGGGAGGCUGACAACCUGAGAGCCCUCCCCUGUGUAACAAGGAGCCUAGGCCAGUCACUUGGCCUCUGGCUAUUACAGUGCUCAUCAUCCAGAGGUCCUUGGGAACAUCGGUGUCCUUAUCCAUUCUUGCACAUGGGGGAGCUGAGGCAACAAUGCAGGGGCUGUUGUUUUUCUGAAGGCACCUAAGGUCUUUGGGUGAUCCUGCUGCAGAGGGAGAAAACUCCUCACCCCAAGCAUGUGCCUGCAACCCAUGCUAGUUCCACCAAGUGGGGCUUGUGCCCAGCAGCCCCUGGCCAGGCCCUGGCUCCGAGACCAGCCGCCUGCGGGAACGUGACACUGCACAAAAAUCUGGUGCCGGCCGGGGCAAGUCUCCCCGCUAUUUAUAGCUUCCGGCAGGAGGGGCUGGAGGGGGGUGCUCUUAGCACAACCAUAUUUCCGAGCCUGAGGAAGGUAGCCACGGGCACUUCUUCCCUAAGGCUGUCCUGCCCAUCCCUCGGAGACCAUGGCCGGAGAGACCUUUGUGUUCACCUCCUCCACAUUGCGCUCCCUGCGCCUCCAGAGAGAGCUGCUGGAGCUGGAGGACCGCCGGCGGGCCCUCGCCAGGCAGUGUGAGAGCAGGCGGCUCCCCACAACCACCCAGAGCUUCCAGGCACUGGCCAAGCCUGCCCGGAGACCCCAGUACUGCCGGGACCCCACUGUCCACAACGCCCUGUACACGGGUGACCUACAGCGGAUCAAGAGUAUUUUCAAGGAUGAGGCCACCGCCAACAUGAUCAUGGAGACCGUCAGCGAGGAGCUGCUGUGGUCGGCAGAGCUGGGCUUGUGGGUGCUGAGUCCGCAGAAGAAGCACACGUCCCCCUUGAGGAUCACAGCGGCCCGAGGCUACGGGGACUGUGUGAAGCACCUAAUCAUGCAGGGGGCGGACAUCGACUCCUUGGUUGGGGGGAGAGCCGCCCUGCACGACAGUUGCACCCACCACCGCGCAGAAUGCACCAGGCUGCUCCUGAGCUAUGGGGCCAACGCCAACGUGCUGUCAGAGGAGGGGCUGGCCCCACUGCACUUCUGCACCACCCAGGAGACUUUCCAGUGUGCUGAGCUGCUGCUGGAGUACGGGGCCCUGGUGAACCUGAGCACCAAGGACAGGCGGACAACCCCGCUGCAUGUGGCUGCCAAGCAUGGCCUGGAUGAGCACGUGAGGCUAUAUCUGUGCUACGGCGCUGACCUCUCCCGCCGCAACCAGGAGGGUGAGACGGCCCUUAAUGCCGCCUGCGCUGGUGCCGAUCGGCCUGAGGAGGCUGAAUGCUACUACCGUGCGGUCCGUAGGCUGCUGGAGGCUGGGGCCAAUGCCAGGACAGCAGGCAGAAAGAAUCAUACCCCACUCCACAAUGCCUGUAGCAACUGCCACCUCCGCCUGAUGGAGCUGCUGCUGCAGCACGGGGCAGAUGUCAAUGUAGCCAACUGCGCUGGCUACACGCCUAUGGACUGCGCGCUGCAGGCUGUCGAGGACUACCACCAGGGGCAGCCCGAGAGGGUCAUCGCUGCCCUGCUGGAUCACGGGGCAGCACCUGUCAACCCCAAGAUGCUGAAGUUCUGCUCCUUGUGCCCCCGGGCCCUGGAGGUGUUGCUGAACUCCUAUGACCGGAUCCUGUCCUGUGACUCCUGGGUGGAAGCAGUGCCACCUGAAAUGUGGCAGGAGCACAAGGCCUUCUAUGACUCCGCUUUGCAGAUGACGAACCAGCCCCGCCAGCUGCAGCACCUGGCACGCUGCACUGUGCGGAAGUACUUGGGAGCUCGGUGCCAUUCAGUCAUCCCCCGCCUGAACCUGCCUCUGGCCCUGAGGGAUUACCUGCGCCUCCCCCUGGAAGGUUACAUCCGGUGAAGGGGGAGGACACUUCACCUCCCCCAGCACAGAGGCUCUGAAAUGGCGUGGAAUUGCAGAGGGGGAACUGGGGAGAGUAGUUGGCUUCAGUAGAGACUGGGAUUGCAAAGCACUCUGGGCCAGAUCCUGCAGGUUGUUCAGAAUGAGUGGUAGCUCUAUGAGUGACUUGGUCACUCUGAGUGAGAGGGGCUUGAUCUGGCCCUGGCUGGCUGUAAUGGGGCUUGGUUUGUGCUGGCACAGAUUUCCAUGCUGCUGUGCCAAACAGAACAGAAGCAAAGUGAAGCCAAUGCACUCACAGGCAGCUCAUGCCUAGGGUUCCCUGGGCACAGAGCACAGUCAGUAUUACUGCCACCAGACACCGCCCAGGCUGAGCAGGAUUCAGAGGUGGGGCUUGCCACAGGGGGCAAAAACAUCUUGCAUUGCGAGAGCCGGGGUUUUAUAAAUGCAUGUGCUCUCCUGCUUCCGAGCACAGACAGCCUUGUCUGGGGUCGUGUUAUCUUGUAGCUGCUUCAUGGUUUCUGCAUUUUCCUCUGAAGUAGCUGGGGCUGGGUAUGGCUGCAGGAUCCUGAACUGGACAGCACCCUGAAAACUCCUGUGUCCUUGUCAGAGGUAUAAGCCUUUGGUUUUCCUAAACCCCAGCAAGUGGGGUGUGCAACUCAGGUCCUUGGGCUGCUUGUGCAAACAAGCUGUAAGUGAAAACGUGCAAAAUACAAGCACUGGUGAAGCCUGUACAUGUUUCCCAGCAGCUGUGCCUAAAACCUGGCGCACAUACGUAGUCCUUUUCAGGCUGUGCUGCUUUCUGGCUUGGGGACUAGUAUGAUGUAAAGACCUACAUGGACAGAACCACAGGAAUUACUGGGACAGGGACAGGACUAGUCUUGUGUCCCUCAGGAACCAUGUCUCCUCCAAAGGAAGAGCAGGAAUCCCCAUCCCCACAGGUAAUUAUGGAAACCUGCCUAUGGCCAAUGACCUUUUUCUGACCCACUGUAGUUAGCAUGUGCCUCAGAGCAAGGGGCUGCAAGAUAAUCCCUCUUUCAUUCAUGGAGCUCAGCAUUUAGACAGAAGGGUUAGCACCAUUAGCCCCAUCCUAGAGUUGGGGAAACUGAGGCACGGAGAAGAGAAGAGACUUGCCUGGGGGAGGGGUCACCUAGAAGAGCCUAGGAAUAGAUCCCAGGUCUCCUGUGCUCCAGGCCAAUACUCAAGCCGCCGGCCCACACCAGCUCCUUACAUAAACAGCCCGUCUUUCUGCCUGAAUCCUGAUGUCAUUAAUCUGUUUUCCUAGAGAGCUUAAACACUACAAGCAGUUUGCACUGACAUAUUCUGUUGAGCCUUUGCACUUUAUUACCUGCCUGCGAUCUAAUUGUUCUUGAUAGAAAAUAAAGCGCUGAAAUAUGUUUUGAGACAAAACUGUUUUUGGUCCUUUCCUACACUGCCUCCCUGAUCAGAGGAUCUGAGCAUUUAGCUGCACUCAAAAGGGGAUUGCUAGCACCAAAGGGACUGUUAGAUGGAGCUCCGUGGUGAGAAGGAUAAGUCUGAGAGUGAACGUGGUUGGUAGGUGGCCAGAAGAAUGAUCAACUGUAGGGCCAGGGUUUGCCUGCAAGGUGGAAUUUGCACUAGAUGGAAGCAUUACACCAUCAAAGUAGAAAUAUCAGAGGGUGGCUGAGGAGAUAUUUAAGCUUAGAGGGAAAUCUCUAGGGUUUUUUGGUUUGUUUUGUUUUAUUAAUAUCUUUAGUGUUCUAGGUCAAAUCAGCCAAAUCAGUUUCAAAUCAUAUCAUAUGAACAGAAUUAAAUCGUUCCAGAAACCAUAUUGAUUGACCAGGCAGAACUCAAUCAUUCUAAACACCAUGUAUGGUGCUACAACUGGCCAGCGAUCUGUCCCAGGCUCUCACCUGGGGAGGGAGGGGGGUUAUUAUAAAAUAUAUAUCUCUAUAUAUCCAUAAAGUUAUAUAUAUCUAUACUCCUAGUCACACACCAAAAGGGAAAACCAUAAACCCGUCACAAAAUCUGCACCCAUGCACCUGUACAAAGGGCCGCUGGCCACUCAAAAUCAUUACAACAUAUGCACCCACACACAAGUCCGCUGGUCUCUCAGACCAGACAGCACAGUCCCUUCAUCACCACAUGAUGACAGGGUCACAAACUCAGAUCACCCAUUGUCUGUGUUGCUGUCACUCCAGCUCCUGCUGGAGGACUCACUGCUGUCGCUGUUGCUGUCCUCAGAUCCGGUCAUCUCUGCCUCCUCUUCACUGUCACAGUCCGGCUCCCUGCUGCAGGGGGAGGGGGGGAGGGGGCUGCGGGUUGGAAGGUCCUGUGCCAAGUGUCUCUCUGCCAGGUGCCUUUGGCCGCAUCCUCACCAUCCUCUGCUAUCGCUGUCUGGUAGUAGGUCUAGAGUUCGUCAGAGCCAUUUUAAUACAGUCUACCACCUCUAUAUCCAUGUGUUUGUACAUCAGUAGGUUCCUAGCUUUCCACAAGGCGCUCCUGAUGCAGGAUGCCAGCUGGUUGACACGGAUUGACAGGCUUCCCUAAUGUUUGGAGAGGUGCUUGUACAGCGCCAGCUCUCUGGUCAGCCGACUGACCCCGGUCACUGCUUCACAGACCCGCUUUACCAUU